GCAGGCCGGGAUGCAGCGCGCGGCGCUGGGCGCGCUCGGGGGGGCGGCGCGGGCCCCCCCGGGCCGCUGGUUGAGCGCGGCCCCGCCGGCGCUGCGGGAGCUGCGGGAGCUGCGGGCGCGCACCGGGCAGCCGGUGCUGCGCUGCCGGGAGGCGCUGCAGCGCGCGGGGGGCGACCUGCGCCAGGCCGAGGCCUGGCUCGAGGCCGAGUCGCGCCGCCGGGGCUGGGCCCGAGCCGCGGCCCCCGGGGCUCCCCGGGCACGGCAGGGGCUCGUGGGGGUCCUGAGCGAGGGCUCGGCCGCCGUCAUGGUGGAGGUGAACUGCGAGACGGAUUUCGUGGCGCGGACCCCCGACUUCCAGCAGCUCGUGGAGAUGGCGGCCAGAGGGGUCCUGGGGCACUGCCAGGGGGCCUCGGGCACCAAGCACCUGCUGCGGGAGGAUGAGCUGGCCCAGGUGCGGGCAGGGGACGGGGGGCACCUGCUGAGCGACCAGCUGGCACUGGCCAUGGGCCGCCUGGGCGAGCGCCUGGCCCUGCGCCGGGCCGGGUGGCUCCGGGCCCCCGGCGGCUUCGUGGCCACCUACGCUCACGGCUGGGUGGCCCCCGGGCCCGCCGUGGCCAUGGGCACCUACGGGGCGCUGGUGGCCUGCGGGGGGCCGGGCCCGGGCCCCCCCCCGCCCGAGCUGCGGGAGUUGGGGCGCAGGGUGGCCCAGCACGUGGUGGGCAUGGCCCCCACCGCCCUGGGCACCCCCGAGGACGAGCUGGGGGGCGACACCGAGACGCGGCUGCUGGCCCAGGGCACCCUCCUGGAGCCGGGGGUGCCCCUGGGCCGCUACCUGCAGGACCGGGGGGGGCUCCAGGUCUGGGAUUUCCUGCGCUUCCAGUGCGGGGAGGAGCCCCCCCCCGAGCCCUCUGCCCCCCCGGCCUGAGGGAGGAGGGGGGUUCAGCCCCUGGGGGGACACACACACCGCCCCCCCCCCCCUCCCCGUGCAGCCCACGCCAGGCUGGGGCAGCCUCCCCCAGGGUUUGGGGGCGAGGCUGAAUAAAGGUGCAGAACCAGC